UUAAAACUAUAAAGAACUCAAUUCAACAACUACACUAACUCAUAAAAUACAACAACUACACAAUCACCACCUCUCUAUUUAAACACAGCAUCGCACACACAUCUCACAUAUUCAUCAAACAAAUUAAUCAGUUAAAAAUCUUCUUGCAGCAACACAAAGAAAAACAGAGAAAUAUCAUUCUCCAUGAUGAUGAUUAAGCAAUCACCGUUCUUGCUUUUGACAGCAAUCUUCUUGUUCACACUUGCUGUUUUUGCAGCAGCAAUUGAACUUCCACCUGAAGACCCCAUUUUCGAGCUCUACAUGCACGAUAUACUUGGAGGAAGCAGCCCCACGGCGAGGCCCAUCACAGGUUUGCUCGGCAACAUUUACAACGGCCAAGUUCCUUUUGCUAAGCAGAUUGGUUUCACUCCUCCCCAAAACGGUAUUGCCAUACCCAAUGCAAACGGCGCCCUCCCGACCGUUAACGGUAUCAACGGUGUGCCUCUCGGGACAGGCUUGUCCGGGACAGCUUACUCUGGUCAGAACCUGAACGGGAUUCAGACUCAGCUGGGUCCUGAUGGUCUGAGUCUCGGGUUCGGCACUAUCACCGUCAUCGACGACAUACUCACAUCUGGUCCUGACUUGGGUUCGCAGCCGCUUGGUAAGGCUCAAGGAGUUUACGUUGCGAGUUCUGGAGAUGGAAGCACGCAGAUGAUGGCUUUCACAGCUAUGCUUGAAGGUGGAGAGUACAACGACAACCUCAACUUCUAUGGUAUUUACAGGAUCGGAAGCGCCAUGUCGCAUCUGUCAGUGACUGGAGGAACAGGUAGGUUCAAGAACGCUUGUGGCUUUGCAGAGGUCAGGCCUUUGAUUCCGUCUGGUCAGCAUCAAGUGGAUGGUGCAGAGUCUUUGCUGAGGAUCAUUGUCCAUCUAAAGUACUAAGAGAUGUGUUUAUUAUGUGUGAAAGUUAUUUUUGUUUGUUUGUUAUGUGUAACACUUAUUGAUUGAAAGCAAAUCACAAAAUCUUUGUUGUACA